AUCACCCUCCAAAAACCAUUCUAUUAACUAACUCUAAUAUCUCUGAUCAGAAGAGUUCAAUAUAAUAUAAUGGCUUCUUCCCAACUCAUCCUCAUUUUAGCAGUUUUUGUUGCCACUUCUUCUCUGGUUUUUGCAUCUGAUCCAAGCCCACUUCAAGAUUUCUGUGUUGCUGAUCCCAAUUGUACAGUGAAAGUGAAUGGUGUAGUGUGCAAAGACCCCAAGGUUGUAACUGUAGAUGAUUUCUUCUUCAGUGGGCUUGACAAAGCCGGCAACACGUCAAACGCAGUUGGAUCUAAAGUAACUGCAGCAAAUGUGGUGCAAAUCCCUGGGCUCAACACUCUAGGCAUCUCUUUGGCUCGUAUCGACUAUGCCCCAUGGGGGAUCAACCCUCCCCACACGCACCCACGUGCCAGCGAGAUCUUGACAGUACUCGAAGGAACCCUACUAGUUGGCUUCGUCUCCUCCAACCCCGAGAAUCGUCUCUUCACCAAAGUGCUUUACAAGGGAGAUGCGUUUGUGUUUCCCGUUGGACUCAUUCACUUCCAACAAAACAUCGGCUACGGACCGGUAGUGGCUCUAGCCGCUCUCAGUAGCCAGAACCCCGGCGUGAUCACCAUUGCAAAUGCAGUGUUUGGGUCUAACCCUGAUAUUCCGGCCAACAUUUUGGCUAAGGCUUUCCAAGUUGACGAGGCCACCAUCACCAAGAUUCAGUCCAAGUUUUGAGGUUGUCAUAUAGAAUUUGUUUUUAAUGUUAGGGAGAAUUAUCAUUAGUGUUCUCUUUCAUUGCAAUAAAAAACUAUAUCAUAUGUGCGUA